AUGACAGACUUUAUUAAACUUCAAAAGCUUUACAAUUCGAGGAGGGCGGACCAGAGUGGUGAUGACUCCAAAUACGAGAUCAAGAUCAAGAAAAUGAAUGGUUCGAUGCACUUCCUAAAGUUUCAGACAACGGACUUUCCCGAUAGUCUCUCUCUAGUUAAGGAUCAGCUUUUCAACCCUUCUUUGUUUUCUGUCUCUGCUACGGGAGGAGGUGCCUACAAAUACCAGUCGCUUCUGGAAGAUCUGCUGGGUCGUCCCUGCGAGAAGGCGGACGAGCUGGAGAGUUUGAUCCGAGGUAUCACCUUCCUUCAGGAAAUCUACCCGAACGAGUGCUACACGUUCAUUCCCUCCGACUCGGGGAAUCAGCCUCGGAAGGUGGUAAUUCCGAUGAAACAAAGCGUGUACCCGUUCAUCCUGGUCAACAUCGGCAGCGGCGUGAGCAUUCUCAAAGUGACCAGCGAGAACGUCUGCGAGCGCGUGGGCGGCUGCCCCAUGGGCGGCGGCACGUUCUUCGGCCUGGCUCGCCUGCUGGCGGGCGGCCUGAGCUUCGACGAGGCGCUGAAGCAGGCCGGGGAGGGCAACAAGAGCAACGUGGACAUGCUGGUGCGCGACAUCUACGGCGGGAACUACGACAAGUUCAACCUGAAGGGCAGCGUGGUGGCGUCGUCGUUCGGGAAGCUGGGCCGCGAGGGCAACGACACGGCGUUCUCGCAAGCGGACGUGCUGGCGUCGAUCCUGCACAUGAUCACGAACAAUAUCGGGUCGCUGGCGAAUCUGCACGCGAAGGCGUACGGCAUCACGCGCAUCAUCUACUCGGGGAACUUCUUCCAUCACAACCAAGCGGCCAUGCAUCUGCUCUCCAUGUCCAUGCGCUACUGGUCCGCAGGCGCGGUGAAGGCGCUGUUCCUGGAGCACGAGGGCUACUGCGGGGCGGUGGGGGCGCUGCUGAGCACGCUGAAGAAUACCGAGUUCAAUGUGAUCCCCAAUUCCACGAUUGACGAUGACGACAAGAAUAGUGUGGAUGUGGAUCCCAUGGCGUCCGUCGAGGAGAUUCGCGAUUAUAUUUGGGAGGAUAAGCAGGAUCAGGUCGUGUAA